AUGUUUGAGGUGCUGUCCUGUGGAUGUCCUUUCACAGCAUUUGAUGAAGCAAAGCGAAGGCUGGAGCUAGGAGAGGGUGGUCACCAAUAUCUUGCUGAAGGAUUAAAAACCCCAAAAGGGAAAGGAAGAGCUGCAACAAGAAGUCCAGAUAGUCCAAAAACCCCAAAAUCUCCUUCAGAAAAGACUCGGUAUGAUACAUCACUUGGUCUUCUUACAAAGAAAUUCAUUCAGCUGCUGAGCCAGUCUCCAGAUGGGGUCUUGGAUUUGAACAGAGCAGCAGAGGUCCUCAAGGUGCAAAAAAGGAGGAUUUAUGAUAUCACCAAUGUAUUGGAAGGCAUCCAUCUCAUUAAGAAAAAAUCCAAAAACAACAUUCAGUGGAUGGGCUGCAGUCUGUCUGAUGACGGGGGCAUGCUGGCACAAUGUCAAGGCCUGUCAAAGGAGGUGACUGAACUCAAUCAGGAAGAGAAGAAACUGGAUGAAUUAAUCCAAAGCUGCACCCUGGACCUCAAGCUGCUAACAGAGGAUUCAGAGAAUCAGAGGUUAGCUUAUGUUACAUAUCAAGAUAUUAGAAAAAUUAGUGGCCUUAAAGACCAAACUGUUAUAGUUGUGAAAGCUCCUCCAGAAACAAGACUUGAAGUGCCUGACCCAGUGGAGCAGAGUGCAUUGAUACACUUAUCUAGUACCCAAGGACCUAUUGAGGUUUAUCUGUGUCCCGAGGAAAAUGAUGCCCUCAGUCCAAUGAAAAUGUACAGUCAGGACCACAAUGGAAAUAUCUCAAAAAACAUUUCCAAAGAUUUGGCUUCUGGUAACUCAGGACAAGGUGACAACUCAGUGAAUAUGACGAACAUCUCUCCACUGGCUUCUCCAACCAACCUUCUGCAGCAGACAGAGGACCAAAUUCCCUCAAACUUUGAAGGGCCAUUUGUGAACUUGCUGCCUCCUCUGCUUCAGGAAGAUUAUCUGCUGAGCCUUGGGGAAGAAGAAGGCAUCAGUGAUCUCUUUGAUGCUUAUGAUUUUGAAAAGCUUCCCUCAUUGGUGGAUGAGUUUAUAUACAGUUGAUUAUGUUAAUUUCUAUAUAAAGCAUUUUUCUUUAAAAAUGGCACCAGAACACCUGCUGUCACUCAGAGUUGUUCCCUAGCCCCCCAAGGAUAGCAUUACAGAGGAGUAAACCAGACUUCUGAGCAAUGCUGACAGUCUAAUGAAAUACAUCCUAGGUUAGUACAACCAACUGCAGGCUCUUGCAGCAAAGACCUGUGUGACCCUAGGCUCCAGCACCUCGUGAGUCAGCAAGUGGCACAGUGUGCAGGCAGGUAGUGUAAAUGACUUCUCCCCCACUUACUCAGUUUCUGAUUACAGUGUCAAGUGGGCUUGUGGAGGAGGGCUCAAUGAACUGGUUUAGUCAUAAAUAGCAAUUUUUUAAUAGUACUUCAGGCCGUGCCUUCUGUGGAGAAUGCAUGUCUUUUGAGUCUCGCAACCUGGAUUGUACCUGCAGUAAACGUAAAUAUAAAGUAAUGCAAGUGUGUGAAAUGGGUAUCUUCAACUCUGCAGGAAUGUUUAAAUUGCUCAAAAUGAGCAUUUUGAGAGCAAUGUAUGUGUUUCAAUAUGAGGUCAGAUACUAAAGUCCUUAAAAAGCUUUUAAUAAAAAUACACUUUAAAUGUAGUGUAUAUUUCAAAUAUGGGCAAAGUAUAAUGUUCUGCCACUUCUCAUAGUAACCACAUAUUUUUUAAAAAGCUUAUGUGCGUGUGUUUGUGUGCGUGUGCGAGAGAAAGUGUUUUACUUAUUAAAAAAAUAAAACGAAGAUGCACAGUUCAGUUUUACUGCCCCCAGUGUGCACUAGAACUGGUACAUAAAUUUUUCUGGUACUAAGUGGGGCUUUGUGUUAAGUGCCUACUAGAGAUGCACUGUGGGUUUUUCCCUUUAUGGAAAACAACUUAUGCCAAGCUUUGUUUGUUCAGUAAUACCAUAUUUAUCUCAGUGGGUUAGCUUCCUCUGCUUCUAGCUUUUAUAAUUCUCCUUGCCAGCAACAUGGGACUGAUGUUUUUUCCAAAGUAAAAACUACAUAAGUGUAAGUACCACAUCAACUGAAUUGUUUUAUUUUUGAAACUCUUUGGUAGAAUAGUAUAGCAACAAUAUUUAUUUUUUUUCUUUUGAAAGUGAAAAGAAUUCUAAUGAGUCUUAAAUAAUUUCCAUUUUUGUGUAAAAUGUUGCCACUUUAUGGGCUAAAUUAAUGUGUGUUGGUUUGGAUGAUGCCCCAUAUAAUCUUCUGUUUGCAUUAUUGUUGUGUUUAUCUGACAUAUAUAGUAAAUUUAGUAGUAUUUUAUAUUGUAGUUUGAAUAUUAUGUAUGCAGGUUUUCUGGUACCAUUGAGUUGCUGCUAUAGAAGCUCACAUAUGAAAUGGCAAAAAUUUACAGUACUUAAAACUGUAUGACUGAGUGAGCCUUAGAAUAUAACAGUGUAUAAAGGGCAACACAUUAAGAACUGUUAAACAGUGUUAAGUGUGUGUUUAUGUGUACAAAUGUGUGCAUAGAUCAUUCUGCAGUUAUAUUUAAGUUGAUGUAUGUUCUCUACUCACACUUUAGUUGUCUAGCAGUUUUGUACAAUAGGAAUUAAUUUGUAAACACUGCCAGAAUAUUUUCUAGCUGGUUUGUAAUUUUUUAAGAGUUUUUUUAAAUGAUGUGGGUCUGUAAAUAAAAUUGUAGUAUUUAAAGUUUAAGUCUUGUGGAAGAGGAAAGUAAAAGUUUUGUGAGCAUGAAGAUUUUGUGUGAGACAAGGGGCACUUUUGUGGGGGAAGAUAAAAUGAAGACUAAUGGAUAUUGUCUGUCUUUGUUAUACCAUUUUGUACAAAUUAAACACUUGUCCCAAUGUGUGCGGGCAAAAUACUAAACUAAUUUAGCUUUGCAUUGUAUGCUAGUUUAAAAAACCUGUAAAAUAAUGUAAAAAAAAAAAAAAGCUUUUAUGGUGGGUUUUGUAAAUAGAUUUAUUAAAGGGUGACCUGUUCUCUAGCUGUGAUCUUACCACUUCAAAUGGAUGUAAUUUGAAUAAAUUUUGUAUGGUAAUGAAUCAAUAAAAAGGAUUUUUUAAAGAGUUUA